GAGGUCUACUGGACGGAGAAAGAGGGUCUGUGGCUGAACGUUGUCGUGAAAGAGGAAGAGGAGGCUGUCACAAUACAAAAACAAGUAGAGGGUGAGGCUGUUACCUUGAAAGAAGAGAAAGAAGUUACAGUUAAAGAAGAGGAAGACGCGUUCAGAGUGAAAGAGGAAGAGGAUGUUACUGUUAAAGAAGAGGAAGUGAAAGAGGAGGGGGAGAUGACUGUCACAUUGGAAGAAGACGAAGAUGAAGAGGAUGAAACUGUAUAUCUGGGCUCGGUUUCCCAAAGGCAUGUUAAGGCAUCCAAUGGUUCUAACGAUAAACGGGCCCUGAUUAACACUAGCCUGGACUGUGAUCCAGCUCAUCUAGGAGAGAGACGGGACUAUCAUGGGUCCUCUGGAGAGCUUCAACAACAUCAUGAUGCUAACAAGGCAGAGAAGAGUCUCUCCACAUCAGAAAACCUCAAGAAACACCAGCAGAGACCCACAGGGAAGAAAUCUCACCACUGCUCUCACUGUGGGAAAAGUUGCAAAUCUUCAUCAGAACUUAAAAUACACCUGACAAUUCACAAAGGAGAGAUAUCUUUUGGCUGUGAUCAAUGUGGGAAGAGUUUUACUCGGCUACAAACCCUGAAAUCACACCAGAGAAUACACACUGGAGAGAAACCUUAUAGCUGUAAUCAAUGUGGGAAGAGUUUUCCUACAUCUAGCUAUCUAACUAUACACCAGAGAACUCAUACAGGAGAGAGACCAUAUAGCUGUACUCAAUGUGGGAAGAUUUUCACUCGGCCAGACAGCCUGAUAUUACACCAGAAAACACACACUGGAGAGAAAUCUUAUAGCUGUAAUCAAUGUGGGAAGAGUUUUUCUACAUCUAGAAAUCUCACUAAACACCAGAGAACUCAUACAGGAGAGAAACCAUAUAGCUGUAGUCAAUGUGGGACAAGAUUUGCUUGGCUAACCAGCCUAGUAUCACACCAGAGAAAACACACAGGAGAGAAAGCUCCUAGCUGUGAUCCAUGUGGGAAGAGUUUUACUAGAUCUAGCUAUCUAACUAUACACCAGAGAACACACAUGAGAUAAUCCUUGCUGUGAUCAAUGUGGGAAGAGAUACUCUGAUAAAAGAUCUCUGACUAAACAUCAGAAAAUA